AUGGCGAUCACUUACCGCAACGGUGUCGGGAUCGGCGAACUAGUCGUCUACAUCCCUUCCCUCUUCCUCUCUAUCCUCCUUGCCUUCCGUCACGGUUUCGGCCGCAGUUCGGGUUGGUACUUUCUCAUAAUAUUCUGUCUCGCCCGGAUAAUCGGUCCCUGCAUGUCUCUCGCCGCUAUAUCCUCUCCCUCAGUAUCUCUCUUCACCGGCGCACUUAUCUUACAAAAUGUCGGCUUGUCUCCUUUGAUUCUCGCUACUCUGGGUCUCUUGAGUCGCGUCUUGACUAGUAUUAAUCGAAAUACACAUACACUCGUUCAACCGAAAUUACUAAAGCUCAUUGAGAUACUUACGUUGAUUGGUUUGAUCCUCGGUAUUGUUGGCGGAAUCAACGCGAGUGAUGUGUAUACUACGACUGGGAUAUGGAUUCCGGGAACGGAUAGCAAGGUUUCCAAUAUCCUUUUCAUCGUUUCCUUUGUGGCUCUCCUGGUUACCACCAUCCUUACGAGUUUCUCGAUAUCGCAUGCGGAGAAUGGGGAAAAGAGGAUUCUACUCGCAAUUGCUAUCGCAUUGCCUUUCCUAUUCAUUCGACUCCUGUAUUCUAUUCUUUCAACUUUCGUAGCACAUUCUACGAAGUUCAACUCGUUCACAGGAAGCGUCUCCAUAUUGUUGUGUGUGGCGCUUCUUGAGGAACUAGUUAUUGUGGUAAUUUACUUGGGAAUUGGAGUGACGUUAAAAGUUCAGCCAAAAAAUAUGGUUGCGAAGGGAGAAUUGCAACGGGUUCCAGGGACGUCGGAUAGUGAAGAACCGCUUGGCCAACAAAACCAUCAGGGACAGAAUCAGAAUCAGAAUCAGAAUCAGAAAUCUGGAGCAGGGACUGUGGUGUUGGGGAUUGCAAAAAAGACGAUUAUUGGGAGGCUGGUUAUGUCGUUUGUGCCAGAGAAAAGAGAGGAUGUGGAGAUGCAACGUUAUGCUCGGAAGUAA